UCCGCAUUCACCAUGAUGCUGCAGGUUUCCGCAUCCGCGCGCCCCGUGCUGCGCCGCGCCUUCUCCUCUGCUGCUGGCUACGUGCAGGAAACUGUUAUCCCGACGUACCACUUCCAGAAAAGCCUCACGCGCCUACCGAUCCCCAAACUCGAGGACACGUUAACGCGCUAUUUGGCCGCUGUGGAGCCCGUAGUGACGUCCGAACAGCUAACAGAGACCCGACGCGCUGUCUUGGACUUCCAGAAUGGCGUGGGCCCCGAGCUACAUCGUGCACUGGUGGCCCGCGACGCCGCCAACACGCACACGUCGUACAUUAAUCAGUGGUGGCUCGAAAUGUACCUGGACGACCGUCAGCCGCUGCCCAUUAACUAUAACCCGCAGAUUAAGCUCAAGAUGGACCCUGUACCUGCCAAGAACUCGCAGAGUCAACGUGCUGCGUCACUGAUUGCGUCAUCCGUCAGAGUGUUCCGCACGCUACGUGACAAGAAGCUGGAGCCCGACAUUUUCCACACUAAACCAGACACCAGCAAGACCAAAGCUUUCCAGUACUUCUGUAAGCUCCUACCGGAGAAUGUGAGUUUUUAUGGAGCUGCUGCCUUGGGUGCUUAUCCUCUGGAUAUGUCGCAGUACAAGAACCUGUUCUCCAGUACGAGACUGCCGAGGCUUGGACGGGAUGAACUCAAGGUGACUCCUGGCUCCAAGCACGUGGUCGUGCAGAGAGGAACCAACAGAUUCUGGCCAAUGUGGAGGCUAUAUUGGCGGACCCCUUGA